AUGAUCUUCCCCUCCAUCUUCCUCGCCAUAUUCGUGAUGGCCUGCGAAACCAUUACAGCACCAUACAAGUCCUCUACGGUGCUCGACAUCAUCCAAAGCAGGAUAGAGAAGAAGAUACCAGCAAACUCCAAGGCUUCUUGCUCAGACGUUCGCUUCUUCGGCCCGAGAGUCCUCGUAGAAGAGGGUAGCAAGAAGAAGGAUUCAACCCCCUAUCUCGUGGCUAAGUGUGACGACGGCAAGGGAGGCCAAAUGUGCUCCUGGAUGCCCCUGACCGCCUGUUUCGCAAACGCCCACGGCGAAAUAGUUUACCGGAGAUACGGCGCAUUCUUCAAGUCUUGCGUGGAUUGCAAGUAUGAGAACGUUGGCGCAAACAUGAAAUGCGAAUGCCAGGGUCCCAAAGGCUCGGUACAGGCCAGCAUCAACUUGACUGUGUAUUUUGUUCUGACAGGCAAGAGAAUCAACACCACGAUGAAGUGCUUCGUAGUACUCCUCGCUGCCACAACGUUGGCAAUGACAGCCCCAGCCGACCUCGAAAAGUCGAAGAAUGACGACAACUUCCUCCACAACUGCGAUUUCGUCAACUUCGGUCUCGGCGACAAUGACCAGAACCCUUGGAUCCACUACUCGUGCCCCUUGAACAAACCACCCUACAUGCAAUGUUCCCGUCUGGAACUCAACGACUGCAUCAUCAACGAUCACGGAGUCCUGCGUGGACAAGAAAAGGGAGGGUUCGCAAAAAGCUGCAAGGACUGCGUCUACCUUCACGAGAUUGGCAACCUCGUCUGCCAGUGCGCAUUUGGAAACCCAACCCAGUUCCGCGAGACCCAUAGAUACCUUGACCAGGAUGUGUGGCUCUCUGGCAGUAAGCUAGGUUGCUUCGGAAUGAAGUCUAGCAGCAAAUGUUGA